UGGAAGAGUAGCCAACACGGCGAGUGACACCUCAUCAGUAUAAUUAUAAAUUUGUGGAUGAUAACGUUGCACAAUAGUAUAUUUUUUUCAAUACAUUAACAAAGACAGAAUGAAUUCCAUAAUCACAACAACUGUCUGUUUCCUGGUGUCAGUAUGUGUGAUUCAUGUUUUAUCUCAUGGUGCCCAUCCUCCGGGCUUUCCUCCCCCAAACAUGAACCAACAACACCAUCAACACAAAGGCCAAGCGCAGGAAAUCCAUGGAAGACAUGGCAGAAACGUUCAACCAGAAGGCUUCGGAGUCAAUCCCCAUGAUGCUGAGCAUAUAAAGGAGCAUUUGAAAGACGUAGUAGAUAUACCCAAAGAAGACAUGACCGAGGAAGAGCUGGAAUUCCACUAUUUCAAACUGCAUGAUUAUGAUGGAAAUAACAAGCUGGAUGGGGUUGAAAUCACCAAAGCUAUCACGCAUUUUCACGAAGAGGAGAGUAAAGGGGAAAAGGACCCAAACGCUGCAAAUGAUGCAACCGCUAAGGCAAAUGUGAAGGCUUUUAGUGAUGAGGAGAUUUCAAAUAUUGUUGACAUGGUUCUUAAAAAAGAUGAUUUGAACAAUGACGGGUACAUUGAAUAUAUGGAGUUCGUGACGGCACAGCGUACGGCCAGAGGAAAGAACUAAACCACAAGAGUGAUCUCCCAUGGUCUUACAUAACUUGCCUAAAGUGAAUACAUUAUGUUUCAGAUAUCUUUCCAGAUGUUUUAUUAUCCAUGUGAACUGUUACUUUAAUCAACAUGAUACGGUGUCAAACUGAAUGCUUUAAACAUAAUUUAUAAUCUUGGAAGACUUCACAUGAUUCUGAAUGAUAUGCAUGACUCAUAACAUGCAUGACAUGGUCCACCAUCAGAGAUGUUUUUAACCCUUUACAUUUAGGUGCGUGUUUUAACGCGUUGGUAGUCCCUUAAAAAGUUAAAUUAAAACCUGUAUUACUAGAUUCAAGUUUUAAAGGCUUAAUUUUCAACCCUUAGAUACUGAUGAGCAGCAAACAGCAUAAAACCUGAACAGACUGCGAGUUACUCGCAGACUGUUUUAGUUUUAGCCUGUUGAGCAUAGCCAUUUUCACUUUGCUUCUGAGUGGGAAAGGGUUAAUAUAAGGCCUAAAAUAUUGUUUGUUUCCACAGUUUGUGCCAACUUUUUAAUGUAUGAUGGUAUUUCAUUUUGAAGUCUAUGCUGCCUUUCAACGCAAAAUACUUUGUUUUCCAUCAUGUUUGCUACUCUUGGUCUUAUUUGCUUACUGCAGGAAUAUGAGUGUUUUAUUUUGUUCAGUUUUGCAAGCUUUAAGAUUAUAAAUACUGAAUGUUGCAUACACAUUUGUUAGUAUUCACAGUGUGUGUUUUCGCAACUUUUGGAAUGGGGCCGAUUCGCUUUGGAUUGGAAAAGUCGCGUCUUUUUCACUAAAUCGGGAAACUGGUGUAUUUUACUUUUUGCUAACAACAAUUUUGAAAAUGACAAUAAGUGGUUUCAAUAUUAUAUUUGUUUAACCCAUAGAGCUUCAUAGGGAAAUCAGCUAAAAUUUGCAUGUUUGUAUUUAUGUUGUUUCUUUUUAAAACCAUCAAUGGAAAUUUAAGAAGGCAUUUGGGGAAAAUAUAUACUUUAUGGCAUUGGAGAUUGGACCGAAUAAAAUUCAAAAAAAUGACUGAAAAAACCACAGUGAUUCUUUUAUUGAACAACCUGAACAACCUCAUGGACAUUUUAAGUUUUAAAAUGUCUAGUUUUGUAUUCAUAUCUAUCUUUCUUUGUACAGAACUUAAAAGAAACAAAAAGCUUUGUCUCUUUUUUUAAAUUUAAACAGAAAACUGUUUAAAUGUACAAGAUAUGUGAUAAACUUAGGGAGAUGUUUCAGGUUAAGAUGUGUUUCAAAUGUUCAUUAAUUCUCAUUGCUCAAUUAGAUCAUAACACAAGCAUAUAAUAAUGAUAAUAUAACAUUUUAUAGUAGAACUGACUGAAAACAUUGGUUACCUUGACUGGUGAGGAUGAUCAAUUUUGUCUUCAAGCUUGUUUAUUUUGACUUACAAAACCUUUGUAUUAUAAAGAUAGUCACUCAGUUCUCACAAUACCUUAGUAUUAUUCCAAUAGUCGUUUAGUGGUAAAUUAACACUACUGAAAUCUGGUUUUCUAAUUUGAGGUUGAUUUUGUCUUGAUUAUACAGAUAACAAAGCGUUUUUGUUUUUA